GGGGAGUAUUCAAUAUUUUAGUUCAUUGGUCGGCAUUUUAAAUAACCGACAUCAUAAAAUAGCAAUAUUCGCUCAACUGAAAGGUAUCCGCUUUCUGUACAUUAUGAAAUUCCCAAAGCAGGAGGUUUUUUUUUUUAUAUAUUAACUGUUGAACAAAUUAUAAACUGAAUGUGCAGCACACCAAGUCAGUUUAUUUACGGUGUCAUGACCCGUCAUGCUUUGUUUGUGCAAGCGAGCUCUAGCACAGGGAUGCACAGAUUUUUAAUUAUUCACCCAGUGUAUUGAGGUGUACAUGCUUCGGGGUUUUCACCCAGUGAGAAUUGUGUCCACAUGGCUAGCCACGGUCGGGGCGUGCUUGGUACCUCCAUGCCGGAUAAAUAAUCUCAUCUACAUUAUAUGUGACUGUGGCUCGACCAUUAAUAGAUUUCUACACACAUCUCAACUCGAGAAAGAGAGAAAAUUAAUUCUGCACUUCACUGAAAGUUGGAGUUUUCUGUCUUGUGGCUUUUUUUUCUUUUCUUUUUUUUUUUCUUUUUGUUUUUGUUACACAUUGUGGAUUUUUUGGAGACUUGGGAGUAAUUUUGUUAUGUAUUUUUGUGUUGUUAAUCUACAGCUGUUUUUAGUUUUGACUGAGGUUCUAAAUUAGGACACAAGGUUUAUUCCUGCAUCUCAUACGGAGAGUGGUAGUUUUGUUUGGAUGUGACAAAACUGGAUUUUAAUUGUUUUCUUUGUUUCAAAUGGGAAUUAAGUUUUGUUUGCUGUUUGUACUGAAUAUUCCGGAUUGUUUAUUUCUGGUCUCUAUGGAGUUUAAACUUUAAAAGUCUGUCAGUUGAAUAAAUACUAUUUUUCUUUCUUGGUAAUAUUAAACAGGUUCUAACAUUGUUUUUGUUGCAAUAUUUUAUAAUUUUAAUAAUUUAGAUUUUAAAACAAUAAUUUAACCUUAAUUCUGAACAGUGAUUAUUUGGAUAUUACUUGUAUUAGUUUGAUGAAUAUUAUGGUAAUUUAUUUGAAUAUGAAUAAACAUAGACUUAAAUAGCUGAUCAAUCAUUGUAAUUUGUUUACGGUACUUUAGUUUGAUAAACUUUGACGAGCGUUCUUUACAGUAAUCAGUAAUCAAGUGUUGUAAAAGUUUUUUUCCUGAGAACUUGUUUAAUAGUAACUGUCACUAGAAUAAACAUCACUCGAAUAGAUUUGUAAAAACCUUUCUUUUUAAUACAUAGAUUGUUUUAGGCUAAUUUUGUUUUUAAAAAUAAAUAAAAAUUGUACAAACAUUGAUUUAGAAUAACAAUAAUUUAAAUUAGUUGAUGGUAAAUUACUUUUGUCUGCAUGGACAGUGUUUUUAAUGCAACUAAAAGUUUAAAUUUAAUUAAUUUUGUUUGGAUGUUAGUCCAGCUGAGAUCUGUGUAGCUGGUAGGAAGGGACAGUACUUGUUGGUAAUAUCAGUGUGACUGUGUACUCAUGUCAUGUUUGGAUCAUAUCAGUUAAAUUGUAACGCCUGGAUAUGUUAAUGCAACUGCGACUGGAGGUAAUGCCAGACAGCAGACUGAACAAAUCAUUCCAUUCAGAUAAAAGUCGGAACCUGGUUACGAGUGCGACCACCAUCCCUGGUUCGAUGUACCCCCACCAGGUGUCGUCCAUAUGUGUGUCAAGCAAAGGACAGCCGCAGAAUGGCUACAUGGUAGAACCGCCCAAACUGAACCACCUGCCAGUGACGCGCGCCCCACCCGGAAAUCUGCCCAGCCAGCACCCCAUCAAUCAGAUCUCACCGCCAAUGACCCAUCCCAUUUUACCUCCUCAUUUUGGAAGCAUUAGUAAUAUCAACAGUCUCGCAAACCACCAAACGAAGAAGAGAAAAAUAUCAGAUUCUCCUAACAACACAAUUAACGGGAAUAUGUUGAACGGUUUGAACGGCAUGAAUAAUAUACUCGGCAUAAAGCAAGAACCGCCGGGUGUAAACUUUCAACCGUACGGGAUGCCCGACCUUGGUGAUGAUGAUUACUCGUAUGACCUUGACGGCAGCGGCUUCAUGGACAGUUCGUACCAGGUGAUCAAGUGGCAGUCUUACAACCCCACCAAGUGGUGCCCCCUGGCGGACACCGAUCUCAAGGAUCUGCCUAGCAUUCGGUACCGUGUGGACGCUGACAAGGGUUUUAACUUCUCCGUUCCGGACGACUCGUUUGUGUGUCAGAAGAAGAACCACUUCCAGGUGACGGUUCACAUGAGCAUCGAUGGAGUGCCCAAAUACAUCCGCUCUCCGGACGGUGUCAAGAAGGUGGACACUUUCUUUCUACACUUCCACGGUAUUAAGAUGGAGUCUCCGACACAGACAGUGAAGAUUGAACAGUCACAGUCAGACCGCAGCAAGAAGGCUUUUCACCCAGUCAAGAUAGACCUGUCUCCGGACCAGGUGAACAAGAUCACGGUUGGCCGCCUGCACUUCAGCGAGACGACGUCGAACAACAUGCGGAAGAAGGGCAAGCCGAACCCGGACCAACGCUACUUCCUGCUCGUCGUCAUGCUGCAGGCACACUGCGGGGACAACACCUACAUGGUGGCCGGCAGCUCCUCCGAGAAGAUUAUUGUCAGGGUAAUUGCCUCAAACCCAGGUCAGUUUGACAGUGACGUCGAUAUCCCCUGGGCUAAAGGUCACACUCAGGAUUCAGUAUUCCACAUCGGCCGUGUGGGCAUCAACACCGACCACCCCGAGGAGGCCCUCACCAUCCACGGAAACAUCAAACUGACCGGUCACCUCAUGCAGCCGUCUGACAUCCGGGCCAAGGAAAACAUCGAGGAGCUAAAUACGAAGGAAAGUCUACAAAAGGUCUCCCAGCUCCGCCUGUACAAGUACAACUACUGUGAUGAUUAUGCGGACACGGCAGGGAUUCCCAAGGACAGCCGGACAGACACGGGCGUGAUCGCCCAGGAGAUGAUGGAGGUGUUGCCCGACGCGGUGCAGGAGACCGGGGACGUCAUACUGCGCAGUGGACAGUGCAUAGAAAACUUCCUUGUCGUUAAAAAGGACCGCAUAUUCAUGGAAAAUGUUGGUGCAGUCAAAGAACUCUGUAAGUUAACAGACAACUUGGAGAAUCGGAUAGACGAGUUAGAGAAAAUGAACAAGAGAUUAACAAAGCUGAAGAGAUUCGACAGCCUCAAGUCGAACGUCAGCUCAAAGUCAGGAACCAGUGUCAGUACUGUCAGCAGCUCGGUGAGUCCCCCGAAGAAGGCGUCGGGUCACGGACACAGUCAAAGCAAAUUACACCACAAGUCAAGCAGACGCAGCAGUGGCCGCUUCCCACAGAUCCCCAUCCUGUGCAGCAACAAGUUCAUCCAAGCCACCAUCAUCAUACUCAUACUCAUAAUGGCCUUUUGUCUCGUUGCUAUAACAACACUGUAUAUUCUGGAACGGCACAAAGCCCCACAGCCACACAUUCUCAUUCAGAACACCCCUCCAACACUGCCAGCCAAUUCAAGGCAGACAAUACUGAAUGAUACGACUCCAGGAACUAAUUCAACAAGUGGGCGUGGCUCCACUCCAAAGCCACCUGUGACAUUACCAGGACAAGAAAAGUCGUCAACAGCUCUGCCUACCCUGACUUCUGCCCUGACAACAAAAGGUGUGAGGAUUGCUUCACCAAAAGUUCCUGCUUUCCCGCGCUGCUCAGGGCGUUGUGAGGUUCAGUGUUGCCAGGUUCCAUCUGAAGAUCAACCAGACAUCCAUACAUAUCCUGGACAAAGAAAUGCAAUUGAUUCAAAUUUAGUGUCUAGUGCGACCACGAAGAGACCUCAGCUGAAUACCGUGGUGGUGGACAUCCCAACACAGGAAGGCUCCGACCCACAGGUCAUCAACAAUGGAUACAACAUCAUUGACGGCAGCUACAACAUCAUCAACAGCAAUGACAACAGUGGCUACAACUCUUACAACGUCGUUCAUUACCGAACAAAGAGACAAGUGACGUUGGAGACUAGCAUCAUGGUCAAAGAAGUGAAUUUUACAUUUGGGCCUGCCUACUGUUUGGAAGACUGUCUAUCACACAACAAGUCUUACUUUGCUAAACUAAGCCCAUACUUUGGCUAUUCUGAUCCAGUCACACUGCAGUUCAGUUUACCGGUGCGUGCGAGAGUGACAUUUUGUGGAUUUCAUCCCUUCAGCCGACAGUGUCUGCCUGAAACCAUUGAAAACCCAACACCAAGCCCACCAUCACAGUGGACGAACCUGGCAGAGUUCCGUGUGAAUAUCGGACUUUACUACAAAACAUCCUACAAAUUCAGGAUUACAACAUCUAGAACAAUUAGAAACCUAUGUAAUCAGGUACAAACCUCCGAUAAUUUCUACGAAUACAACUUAUACUUUCAACGGACCUGUGAGGAGUAAUAACGGACAGGUGGAAGUAACCGCAGUAUUGCUUUAUUCUUUACCAUGUGUGUAAGUGUAAAGCCACUGGAAUUUUAACUUAUGCAGCAUAAAUGACUGACAAAAUGUUUUACUGCGUGUGAACACAGAUGUGAAUAUUCAUGUCGCUGAAUAUUCAUGAAGAAAGGACCAAGUUUCUGGAACCACACAAGAUAACAAAUGUUAAUGUUCCCAAUUUAGAGAAAGAGAGAACAAAAUGUAAUGUCUAAAAUGAACAAAAAAAGAAAAAGAUUUUUCAUCUUUUGUAAUCAACGUCACAAAGUGUGGAAAAUACAGAAUGAAUAGUGUUACAGAUGUGAAAAACUUUCAUUGUGAUGGAAGGAUGGAGUUUAAUACUAGAUUGAUUUCUGUAACAAAAUUAUAUGAGUGAGGGGAGUUUGUUGUCUGGUGGAUAGAACAAAACGACAAAUGUUUUCGUUAUGGAUUCAUAACAAUUGUGAUUCCUAAAAUACGUGACUUAUGGGAGCUGUCCAAGCCAUACCAGUAUGAUGGGUACAGAUAUUCAUAGCUACAAGGAGAAUGUAAAAUUCUUAAUACAGUUUGUAUUUGAUCCCACAAGACUCGUACAUUUUAUCUUUUGUUACUAGGCUACAAAAUGUUGAGCAGUUACAACUAUAUUUCUUGGAUUAGUUAUUUGUUGAUAUAUAUUUUGUUUUGUUAAGCCAGAUGUAAUUUUAUCACUGGAGUAUACAUGUACACGUAUUUGCUUGUUACAAAUGUAUCACCAUAUCACUUUGUGAAGACGAUUGUAUUGCUAGAUACUCAGAAAGAUGUUUACGCUAACAAAUUUUAGAACAACCUGAAAUAUAUUGAUAAUGGAAUGUCUUAACUAUAAUUUGUUUUUGAUUUGUAGUUGCACAAAAACAUGAUUUUAUCAUUUGUUUGAUAUACUCAGGCUUUUCUUAUUGUUUGCAUAAAAAGAUAUUAACUGAAAUUAGAAAGAAUUAUGAUAUUUUCAAUUUGAUUUUUAUAAAUCAAACUUUGGUGCAAAAUAUGUUUAUUUAGACUUACAUUUCUUCCAUUACUGUAAUAGAAAGAUAAAAUAUCUUUUUUUUUCUCAGUAUGCAGAAUGAUGUAUUAUGUUUCUUUAAACAUAAUGAUAUGGAAAUGUUUAUGUUUUUCAAAUGCUUUUAUUGUUUAACACAUA